UUCACAAGCCGGGGAGAGCAGCGAGCCCUCGGGCCGGCGGUGACCACCGCCGCCGCCUCCACCUCUCGUCCAAACCUCGAGAAAGACAACCACUAACUAACCCUGAACAUUUUUGGACGUGUUUGUCGAGCUCCAUUCAACUCCACGAGGCGUCAGACCAACAUAGCAGCCGCCAUUCGACACGCAGCCGCAGAAAGAGAGCGCUCAGAGACGGAGAUACUGUACGUAGAGGAUACGGAGCCAGAGGGUAGAAUUAAGAAAUGACUGACUACAUGAAGCUGAAGCUGAGGACUUGGCCAAGGCAUACGGCUUGUUGAAACUUGUCACAAUGGCCCUCGAACCCAAUUCUCGAGCUCGGACAGCUCGGGAGCGACGCGAUGAAAAGCGGGAAUGGCAGCGGGAGCAUAGAAAGAUGAACCUGUUGUUGGUGCUGUCGUCAUCCAGCUUGUUCUUCAGUCACGUGACCUCAAAGUGACAUCUUUCUGUGAAGCAGACAUUUGGCUUUGUGGUCUGCAGCCCCUGGAAGAGGAGGCUCUUUGAAAAGAAGCAGUCAAGGAGACCCCGAUUGUCAUACAAUUCCAACGCAAGCCAUUACCUGCGGACUGUAGACCAAGAUGAGAUCCGGUUACUACGUGAACCGGAAGCCGUGUCUGACUUAGUGGGUUUACCACAGAUUGCCCAGAGUAGCAUGGCCUCUCCCCGUCGUCCAUAUGCUCCAUCGCCUCCUCCCUCUCCUCAUGCUCAUUUCCCUAAUAAUUCCUCAUCAGGCGCUUCCUUUCGUCCUUUUCUUUCAAAGGAAACUGCAGCAAAACAGUAUCGUGUAACUCAACAGACUUCCUUCUUACCAUCUUUUUCACGGCCCCCUUCCUUCUCGCUGGAGACCAGAAUAUGUCCGGCCAAGCACGGCAUUGCGGUGUCUCUCUGCCUCGUGGAUCCUAGCACCGCUUCCUCAUCCAAACUUGCCAGUGACAAAGAUACAGAGACAGAGUCAAAGCCUAUUGGCUGGGUGUCCCCGAAUACAUGGGACAGCCGCUUAAAUGCGACACAACUAAAUACAAGGAUGGAAUUUUGCAACCCUACAGCUAAGUGCAACGUUGAAGAUAAGAGCGCGGUUGAAAAUACAAAGCAAGUAAGUCGGUUUUCAGACCAGAUAGCCGUUGAGGCAGACCACAUUGAUAUUUUGCCGGCAACCGUGCUUUUUGGAUGCACUACAUUAGCAACAAAGGAACAGAAAUCAGAGGUGCAAAUGCAACCAAAAACACAAAUGGAGUCUCGUAUGCAAACCCAAGGCGAGCCAAAGCCACAUAAAGAACAAUUAGUCAUGCAUUUACCUAAGAAAACACAAGCACACAGUCACGGUAGAGCGGAGGCUACUCCAUUACAACAUGCAAACAUGGCAGCUGAACCUUCUUCCCCUCUCGACCAUUCCCAAUCCCAUCAACGCGACCCUGUUACAGCUGAACCUUUUCAGUGUGUGGGCACUGUCCACUUCUCAGAGAAACCCUGCACCCCAUGCAUGACCAGGAAACAAGGGAAAAUUGCUUCCCAAAGGUGUCGUCAUCGGGAAUCCUACAGGGCCGCUCUCCAAAAUCCUGUCAUUGUUCUGCACGAGAAGGCCAGAGCGAGGAUGUUGGGCGUUGUGCAGGAAGAUGUGGAAAUAUCGCAUCACAAUGACAGAAGGACCCCAACAGAGACUCUGAGCGGUGGUCCUCACUGUCAUGACCAAACACUUUAUGAAAGUGGGACGCAAAAUCCACACCCUUCCAAUGCCAGCGGUACUGUCUGUAAGGAGUCAGGAGAGAAAAACACUGCUCCAUUUUGGAGAGCAGGAGAUACAAGCCCUGUUCUCUGUAUGCCCGACGACCCCGGACAAUGUGACGGAAGGCCAGAAUUCCAAACUCACAGGACCACUGUGCCUUUUCGGGAACAUUAUGACUCUGACAUUGGCUUACAAAUUGGGAAUGGAACAAACAGUGAAAAACACCUCAGCUUAUCAUGUAGUUGUUCCGAAUAUCCCAAACCUUGUGAAGGACCACUAAAUACACCAACUCCCACCGGGCUGAGUCCAACUGUCUCUAUGCACGUUUCACCACCGAAGAACAAACAGGGAAUCGGAUGGAAGAUGUUCCUCACUCUCCACUGCGGUGGUCGACACCUCACAGAAGUGCCAGUUGGUCCUCGUUGAUGGUGCAAAUGUCAGGAGGGGCCGAAAUGAUGACACCUGUUCCGAUGUGCCUCAGCUUCACGUGGUCAAGUAUAAAAAAAGCACAGCCUUUCGAUUAGUUUCGCCCAAGAUCAAUCGAAUGAAGAUGGCCAUUCCAGAUGGGGCAGGUAAAUCCACCCCAGGUAGAAAGACGGAAAGCUCCUCGCCAGAUGCUUCAGUUUCAAUUGCAACAGAAGUUCAGAGGAGCCCUCAGCCAUCCUCUGCUCACCACGGUCACAGACCGGGCCACCUUCCUCUAGGAUCUCCAGAUCCCAGAGCUCACCCUCUAUAUCAAGGCAUAGCAGCGCUCACAGGAGGCAGAGACCGGGCAGGUAAGGCGAUCACUGAGCUGUAUGGAGACCACCAAGGAUGGCGAUCUAAUGUGACCAGCCGGCAGCUCUUGGAGAUGUUACUUUACUUCCACACUAUCAUCAGGAGAGAAAUCAGAGAAGCUGGGAUGACCUUUAUUUUUGAUGCCAGGAAAUCAAAUCCUCUUCCGCAGCUGUACAAAGCCUUGAUGACGCUUCAAGAGCACUCUCCCCAGGCAGUGAACAGUUUGGUGCUUCUAGUGGCUAAAGAAAGCAGCACCCGGCCAGAGAAAUGUCCCACCAUCCAGACUGAAGUGGUGACAUCAAUGAAAGCCCUGAUGAAGCUGGUGGAGGAGAGUCACCGGACCUUCCGUCUGGACGGAACAUUGUGUCACAACCAUCGUGACUGGAUGGAGCUUCAUCAGAAACUCUUUCCAUUUGCGUUGGAUCUUCAUGACGCCUCCAGUCUGCUGCUGAGGGCUAUCAGUAAUUUAAAAGCUCCUCAGAGGACGGAUUCUGUACAGACUGUGCAGCAGUGUAUGAAGGAGCAAAGGACUCUGAUGCGUGAUGUACUGGAGGACAAGCGCUUGGUCGGCCUGCAGAGGGAAGGCGGGGCCAUCCUGGUGAGGCUGAGAAAGGAAAGUGACCUCAGAUACCCUCACUGUGAGGGCCUCAGUGACGCUGUGGACUCACUGACCAGCCUGUACAACCACGUGGAGGAGCAGGUCCACGUGCUUGUACAGAGCUCCAACAUGUCUCUGGAACACUUGAAGUAUCUGCUGCAAGUCAGAGAGAUGGAGGGACACGUCACGCAACUGCAACAGUGGUUUUAUGUAGAGGGAGAGCGCCAUCUGCAGGCAGCUGAAUCGGUGGAGGACUCCGGAGACCAACUGGAGCAGAUCCUCAACAGCUUCACUGCUUUUCUUAUAGAGGCGAAUGAUCGGCGACACCAUGCCGUGUCACUGGCACAAGAGGCCGAGCACCUCCAGCAGGCUGGGAUGUCUCACCCGGAGACGCAGAUGUUCAGCAGCCAGGUCUGCGCUUUCAAAUCGGACCUGGACGACUUCCUGUGUAGAGCGGAGGCAUGUGGCAGGGAGCUGCGGAUCACGGUCAAUGUGUGUGAUUUUUGCGAGCGGGCUACAUCUCUGGCUGUUGAAUGUAUUGAUUAUCUGAACCAGAAUCAAUCCAGAAUCCUUAAAACCCACAGCGGUAGUCCAUGGACAGCACCUGUCAAUCAAACCCAUCAAAACAAAGACCCUGGACCAAGCGUUGAACACGCAGCGCUCAUCUCUGUCCCGAACACCAACACAGCUGUAUCAACGUCGGACGACAGCUCUGCCCUCCAACUCUUCCGGGACAAGUUCCUUCAGUUCAGCCUAGAGAAAUUUCAAGAGGUGAGGGCCCAGGCCAGUACCCUGAGGGGCUCCAGGGGAAUGAGGGUCUGGAACACGGCGUGGCUGCGGUGCCAGGAGGCCCGGCAGCUGCUUCAGGAGAGGAUGCAGGGCACCGCCGAUGAGGUCUUCGCCUGUCAGCCGCAUUGUAGUGGCUGUUGCGGGCGUCAUUAUGUGGAUGUCGCCAGCGCUCAGACAGCACCGCCCGGUAGUCUGGUGGUGCAGUCGACUCCAGGGCCGCGGCACCCGCAGUGGGAGAGCAUUGUGUCAGGGGCAGUGGAUUUAAAAAAAAGAAGGCCCAUCGUGGGCAAGGGCAACACAACUCGAGCUGAAUGUAACAUUACCAUCAAACCUGAAGAUAAACGUGAUAAUGGUGGCAGCCACAGGUCAAGGGUCACACCAAAGUCAUCUCACAGGUCAGCGAGGAAAGCGGAGCGCGAGACGAAGGCGAGCAGGGCGAGAAGUGAUCGCGAUGCCGCUGCUCUCUCACAGUCUCACGCCGUUGGCUGCCAGUGGUUUCCGUGGGGACGAGGCCUGCGAGCCAAAUCCCGAGACUUAUCCUCGACAGCAGGAGAGGCGCCCGGGUCUUCCGCGCCUCCGGACGAGCGGGAUAGACCGUCGUCCUCCUGCUCCCACUACGGUCAGCCAUCUUGUCGGAUCCUCCAAGAGGCUCAGAAGUUUCAGAUCUCCCGCCACGGAAGCUUCUGCUCCGAGGACUCCUGCGUCGGCGGCCGAGGCUCGGAGGGGGCCGGGGCUUAUCUCUGCAAACACUCCAGCCUGCCCACUGGGAGGAGUGAAGGAACGUUUUGUUUGGAAAGUCCACGAGAGAGCACCGACAAUGCUCUGAGGUUGCAGCGUGUCCUGGAAGAGCUGCUAUUCACAGAGCGGGAUUAUGUCCGCUCGCUGACUUACAUCCUGACUCAUUACCUGCCCCUGCUGGACGGGCUAUACGUCCCCCACGACCUCAGGGGCAAGCGUGCCAUUAUCUUCGGGAACCUGCAGAAGCUUCACGAUUUCCACAGCCGCUCCUUCCUACCAGAGCUGGAGGCCUGCCAUCGGGAUCCUGCUAUGGCGGCCCGUUGCUUUCUCAGACAUAGUGACAGUUUUGGCCUUUACGCACUCUACAGCAAGAACAAACCUCAGUCAGAUUCCCUGAUACUGCAUCGUCGACAUGACAUCUUCAAGAGGAAGCAGCAGGAACUUGGGGACUCGAUGGACUUGUCCUCCUACCUACUGAGGCCGAUCCAGAGGAUCAGCAAGUACAGCCUCCUGCUGCAGGACAUUCUGGCUCUGACCGCCACAGCGGAGAGAAGGGAGCGGGCUGACAUCAAGGCUGCCGCUGACCUGGUUCGCUUCCAGAUGCGUCACGGCAAUGAUCUGCUCACCAUGGAUGCCAUCCAGGACUGUGAUGUGAACUUAAAAGAGCAAGGUCAGCUCAUUCGGCAGGAUGAGUUCACCGUUUUCUUUCGGAAGAAGAAAUGCCUCCGCCGCAUCUUUCUCUUUGAGCACCUCAUUCUCUUCAGUAAGACAAAGAAGGCAGAAGUUGGAAAUGAAGUUUAUGUCUACAAACAAUCCUUUAAGACCAGUGACAUCGGGAUGACCCAUGACGCCGGCGUGAGCGGCCUGUGCUUUGAGAUCUGGUUCCGCAGGAGGAAGAGCGAGGACACCUACACUCUGAAGGCCACCAGCAUGGAGGUGAAGAAAGCCUGGACCUCUGACCUGGAGAAUAUUCUCUGGGAUCAGGCAGCUCACAGUAGAGAACUGAGACUGCAGGAGAGAGUGUUCAUGGGGCUGGGCCUCAAAACAUUCAUGGACAUUCAACCUAGCGACGCUGCCAUCUGUGACCGGGACGUCAGUGGCAUCCUGCCUGGGAGACUCCCUGUGGCGUGUCGUUCACACAGGGCUCUAGAAUACGCUCGACCUCACUCCGCCGGCUCCGCCUCCACGACCCUCAGCCAAUCGUCCUCGUCGUCGGGCCGCGGCUCGCUGUCGCCGGCCGGCUACCCCGGACAACCGGCCUCCGGCCCCGCCCCCGACGGCCUACUGCACAAUGAGGUCGACGCUCGUCACCAUCUACUUCACCACGACUGUGAACGCUGGAAAACAAGCCAUCAUCCGCUGAACUUGGCGGACGCCACAGAUUCAUCUGAGGAGAGCACCGACGUGUUCUCCAGCGACUCCGAGCGCGGUUGUCUGUCGGCCCUCGGCGGGGAGGUCGUGGACUCCGCGUCGUCGCUGGGCUCCCGCAGUCCCGGGGCCCGCACGUCGUUGCGUCAGACGGAUAGCUCGCCGGCGGUCAACAGGAAGAACGGCGCCGUCGAAGCCAAGCCUCCGCACCUGGCUGAUGCUCAGGGAGAUGUGCCGAUAGGAAAAUCAACAGAGGUUUAGGCCUGGAUUCCCAGGACACGAUGUCUGGUGUUCUGGUCCACCUGCUUGUUGUUUCAUGAUUAUUAUUUAUCACUUUGAUUCCUCCCACGUAACCGUUGGACGCGCACACACACACACACACACACGCACGCACGCACGCGCACACAUGCUGAGUCAGCACCUCGUGGUGGUGUUGUUUAUUUUGUGGUUUUAACAUCACCACUCAGAAGAAAAAAAGAAAUUAUAGAAUACAAAACAAUAAGUGAAGCAGAAAAUGGACAAGAUUAAAUAUUUGAAGUCAUUAAUUUUUUUUAUGCUUUGGUUUUUAUUUUACAUUAGUGGUGACUAUUGACUCUGACAAGUCCAAAUGUCAAAUAUUUUCUUUAUUAGAGGGGAUCCUCAGUUCAUCUACAAGUUCCGUUCUAAAGCAGCAACAUAUCCCAAAUUUGUACCAGCAGUAAGUCGGAACCAGAAAAAAAUCCGCAAAUACGGCGAAUAGGGUGCCGGACUGCGAUUACGCGGGGGUCGACUGUACAAUGACAAAUUGUGCUAAGUGAUCUUGCCUUCUUGCAGCACAUGACGACGUACUCUUCGUAACCUUCAAAAUGCUUUUUCAUUUUAUACAAUUGUCGUCAAAUAUUUAUUUGUGUGUAUGUGUAUUAUUUACAAAAAGUGAGAGACCACUUGUUAGCAUCCAAAUCACGUUUCAACCAGCAUGUGGAUUUGCGCUGUUCUGUCGGUUAGUCAAUCAAUGCGGGGAUAAAACGCCAAUGGACACUUCUUAGAAUUGAAAUGACCCCCCAAAAAAAAAACAACAACAAAAAUGUCGUCAUGAUAUUAUUUGCUUUUUUAUUGUCUGGUAAAACAUUUUCAGAUAUUUCCUGUGAAACUGCUUGUUGGUUUUUUAAUCACAUUUUCUUUCUUUAAGGUGUUUACGUAAGUUGAGUGUGUUUUUAUUGUUGUUUUUUUAACAUUCUGUUUUUUCAUGUAUAAUUUGUGAGGUCUCUUGUUAAUGUUUUAGUACCAUUAAAGCUGUCAGUGUGUGGCUAGCACAACACGUGGUUGAUUUCGUUGGUCAUUUGCCUGUCAUGAACGAUGAAUAUAACACUAAGAACUAACUCCACCACGCUGGAUAAAUAGCAAUUGACAUUUGAAACAAAUUACAGUAUUAAAAAAAAACUAACUAUGUAGACAUUUGAAAAAAAUGCAAAUA